AUGCCGAAAAAACGUCAUCGAAAUGAAUUUGUCGACGAACAAGCAGAAGAAGAUUCAGCUGAAGAAAGUGAUACAGAAAAAAAAACACGAGCAGCUAUGAAAAAACUUAAAUCUAAUCGACCAAUGAGCGAUGAUGAUGAUGACGAAGAAGAUGAAGCAAUGGAUGAACAAGUUGCAAAAGAAUUACAAGGUUUUAUUGCUGAACCAGGAGAGGAUGAAGAAGACGAUGACAAUGAAAAUGAUCAAUCAGGCUCCGGUGAAUCAGAAGAAGAUGAUGACAUUGAUGAUGAAGAUUUACAACUAAUUGCUGAAAAUACAAAUAAACGAAUAAAACCAAAACGUGUACAAAUCGAAGGUGAAGAUGAUGAUGAUGAAGAUGUACAACAUCAAGCAUCUCAAUAUGAACCAACAUCAUCUAGUCGUGGACGACGAGAUGAACAUGAUGAUCAAAGUAUUACACAUAAUGAUGACGAUGGUGUCCUAAAUGACGAUUAUGACGAUGAGGAUGAUUUCAUUGUUGAUGAUGAAAAUCGACCAAUGCCAAAAAUAUCUCAUCGUAGAAAUGAAAAUGCACCAAAUAUUGCUGAAGCACAAGCUAUAUUUGGAGAUGAUUUUAACUUUGAUGAUAUGAAAUUUGAUGAUUUAAAUGAUGAUGAUAUGGAAGAUGAAGAUUUAGAAGAUGAUGAAGAAGAAGAAGAAGAAGAUGAAGAAGUAGAUGUUGAACCUCAACUUGAUGAAGAUGGAAAUCCAAUUGAAGAUGAAACAAUAACAGCAAAACGACAACGAAAACUUCGAGCACAACGUCGAAAACAAAAAGUUGAAGAAUUAUAUGAACCCGAAGAAUUACAACGUGGUUAUUUAACAGAAUCAGAUAUUAAUAUAAGACGAAUUGAUAAACCAGAACGAUUUCAAUUAAGAAAUAUUCCAGUAACUGAAGCUAAAGAAGAUGAACUUGAAGAAGAAGCUGAUUGGAUUUAUAAUGGAGCAUUUCUUAAACCAACAAUAUCUAAUCAACCACUUGAAGAAGAUGAAGCAAAAAAUCUUCAAGUAAAGAAAAAAAUUAAAAAUGCACUUAAUUAUAUAAGAAAUGAUUCAUUUGAAGUACCAUUUAUUGGAUUUUACCGUAAAGAACACAUCGAACCCGAUCUUAAAAUGGCUGAUCUAUGGAAAAUUUGGCAAUGGGAUGAAAAGUGGAUGAUAUUUAAAUCUCAAAAAGAUAAAUUAAUGUCAAUGUUUGAACGUAUGGAUAAAUAUCGUAAUUAUCAAUAUGAACAAUUAGGUGAUACAAAUGAAGAUACAUUAACAACAAGAUUAUUAACUGAUUGUGAUAUUGAUAAAGAACGUUUAAUGCGUGCUCAAACACUUGAAGAAAUAGCUGAUUUACGUGAACAAUUUCAUGUUUAUUAUAAUGACGAUAUACCAAAUAUGCGUUUACGUGAAAAAAUUCUUGAAUAUCGUGAAGAACGUGAAAAACGUAAAAAAUUAAUAACAAAUAUGGAACAAAAUGAAAAUGAUGAACAACCAUUACCAACAAUUGAUGAUGAAGAUGAACUUGAUGAAGAAACAUUAGUUGAACAAAUACGUACACAAUUAAAUAUUAAAUCAAAACCAUUUUCAAAAACAGAUUAUUAUAGUGUUUGUAAACAAGCACAUUUAGAAGGUUUAAUUAAAAAAUUUGGUUUAAAACCAGAUAAAUUAGGUGAAAAUCUUCAUGAAAAUUAUCAAAAAAAUGAAAUUGAUCAAUAUCCUAUUGGACCAACAGCUACAUGUGAAGAAUUCAUUUGUAAACAAUUUCCAACAACACAAGCUGUUCUACAAGCCGCAAUAUUUAUGCAUGCACGUCAAUUAUCUCUUGAUCCUUUAGUACGUUAUGUUAUUCGUCGUGAAUAUAUGUCACGUUGUAUGAUAAAUGCUCGACCAACACGUCUUGGUAUACAAUCAAUAACAGAAGAUCAUCCAUGUUAUACAAUGAAAUAUCUACUUGAAAAACCUGUUAAUACAUUUACAAAAGAUCAAUAUCUUAAUUUAUAUCAAAGUGUUAAAGAUGGUUUUAUGAAAAUUGAAUAUAUUAUUGAUAAUAAAAAUAAUGGAACUACAUAUGCUGAUGAAAUAAAACGUUCAUAUACACGUGAUGAAUAUUCUGAUAAUGUACUUGAAUGGAAUAAAAUUCGUGCUAUGUGUAUUGAUUUAAUGUUAAAUAAAUUUCUUUAUCCUAAAUUUCAACGUGAAUUAGAAGAAAUUUUACUUGAUGAAUCACGACAAUAUGUUAUUAAACAAUGUUCAACUUGUUUAAAUAAUUGGAUUAAAAUAGCACCAUAUCGUUUAUCAAAUGAUGAAAAUGUAACAAGUAUAUCAGAUGCUGGUGUACGAGUUUUAUCUAUUGCUUAUUCAACUGAUCCUGAUGAUGUAUCAUUUGCUGUUAUAUUAAGUUCUGAAGGACAAGUUUUAGAUUUUAUACGUUUACCAAAUUUAAUGUUAAGAGAAAAUUAUUCAGCAGAUAAUCGUUUAAAAAAAAAUAAAGAUUUAGAUAUUCUUAGAAAAUUUAUUAAAGAACGUGUACCUGAUGUUAUUUGUAUAGGAGUUGAAAGUCGUGAUGCAUUAUAUUUACGUACAUGUCUUGAUGAUAUGGUAACACAAUUACAACAUGAUGAAGAACAUUUUCAAAAUUUACCUGAACCAAUAAAAGUUCUUUUAGUUGAUACAGAAUUAUCAAAAAUUUAUGCACAAUCUCGUAAAGGUGAAUUAGAUUUUCGAGAUUAUCCAAUAAAAUUACGUCAAGCUAUAUCACAAGCACGUCGUUUACAAGAUCCAUUAUUAGAAUUUUCACAAUUAUUUAAUUAUGAUAAAGAAAUAUUAUUAAUUAAAUAUCAUCCAUUACAAGAUUUAAUUGAUCGUGAACAAUUAUUAAUAGCAUUAGAACAAGUAUUUAUAACACGUACAAAUGAAGUUGGUGUUGAUUUAAAUCGUUGUAUAGCAUAUUUACAUACAUCAAAUGUUUUACAAUUUGUUUGUGGUCUUGGUCCACGUAAAGCAACACAUUUAAUUAAAUAUUUUAAACAAAAUAAUUCAAAAUUAGAAAAUCGUACAUUUCUUGUUGUUAAUUAUAAUAUGGGUAAAUGUGUUUUUUCAAAUUGUGCUGGUUUUAUUAAAAUAAAUACAGAUGCAAUGAAAGAAAGUCAAUCAUAUAUUGAAAUAUUAGAUAGUACACGUAUACAUCCUGAAGCAUAUGAUUGGGCACGUAAAAUGGCUGUUGAUGCAUUAGAUAUUGAAGAAUCAUCAGAAAUGGAACCAAGUGCUGCAUUAGAAGAAAUUUUUGAACAUUCAGAACGUUUAAAAGAUUUAGAUUUAGAUGCAUUUGCUGUUGAAUUAAAAAAUACAAUGUAUGGUGAUCAAUCUAUAACAUUAUAUGAUAUACGUUCAGAAUUAACACAUCGUUAUAAAGAUAUACGUGUACGUUAUGAACCACCAAGUGAAGUUGAUUUAUUUCAUUUUAUAACAAAAGAAACACCAGCAACAUUUCAUUUGGGUAAAUUAAUACAAUGUCAAGUAUUUGAUUUUGCAAGAAAAAAACCAACACCACAACAACGUGAAGCUGCACAACCAGAAAAAGAUGAAUUAACUGGAAUGUUAAAAUGUCCUUUAUGUCAUACGGAACGAUUUCAUAAUGUUAAAGAAGCAUGGAAUCAUUUUGAUUCAGAAAAUCGAUGUAAAGGAACACCAAUCGGUGUACGUGUCCGUUUGGAUAAUGGUUGUACAGGUUUUAUAAAACUUCGUGAUUUAUCUGAUUCACCAAUCACAAAUCCAUUAGAACGUGUUAAAUUACAUCAAGUUAUUUAUGCACGUAUAAUAUAUAUAAAUAUAAAACAAUUUAGUGUUGAUUUAACAUCUAAAUCAAGUGAUUUACGUGAUGAUAAUGAACGAUGGCGACCAAUGAAAGAUGCAUAUUAUGAUCGUGCACUUGAAACUGAAGAUUUAGCUGAAGCUGAAAAAGAAAAACAAUUAAAACAAGCAGCUAAAGAACGUAGUUAUAUUAAACGUGUUAUUGCACAUCCAUCAUUUAUGAAUAUAAAUUAUACUGAAUGUGAACGAAUACUUUCAACAAAAGAUUUAGGUGAUGCAAUUAUAAGACCAAGUUCAAAAGCAUCCGAUCAUUUAACAAUAACAUGGAAAUUAGUUGAUGGAGUUUUACAUAAUAUUGAUGUUAUUGAAAAAUCUAAAACAAAUCAAUUUUCAUUGGGUAAACGUUUAUUAAUUAUUGAUCCACGUACACAAGAAACAGAAGAAUUUGAAGAUCUUGAUGAAAUUCUUGCACGUUAUAUUAAACCAAUGGCAAAUACAGUUUCAGAUAUAAUUACACAUAAAUAUUAUUGUAAUCUAUCUCAACCAUUACCAUCAGCUACACCAUCCGGUUCAGCAACACCAGCACAAACAACAACAACAACUACAACAACAACAACAACAUCAGGACCACCACCAUUAUCAACUGAAGCACAACGAAUUCUUAAUAAUCGUUUAAUUGAAGAUAAACGACGUAAUCCAACACGUAUACGUUAUUAUAUAACAAUAUCACGUGAAUAUCCAACUAAAUUUCUUUUAUCAUAUAUGCCUGUACGUAAACCAAUACAUGAAUAUUUUACUGUCACACCAAAUGGUAUAAGAUUUCGUUCGAAAAUGUUUCCAACAUUAACUGAAACACUUAAUUGGUUUAAAAUACAUUAUAAUGAUAAUGUUAUUGCACCAUCACCAAUGCGUACAUCAACAACAACAAAUAUUCGAACAACACAACCCCCAUUACCACCACCACCACUACCAUCAUCAUCAACAACAACAAAUGCAAUGUCAAUGAAUUCAACACCAACGGCAGCAACAACACCUAUGGUUCCAUCAGGUUUUAGUCAACCACCACCACCAAUGCCAACAUCAGGAUUUAGUUUACCACCACCAACAGCUGCAGCUGCUGUUGCAGCAAGUACUAUUCCACAAGGUCCACCAACUAGUAUGGUCACAAGUGGUUUUAGUCAACCACCACCAGCAUUAGGUACGAUGCCACCAGUAUUACCACCACCACCUCAAAUGAUGAUGCCACCAGCAAAUUUCUUUGCUUAUUUUCAACAAUAUCAACAACAACAGCAACAACAACAACAAAUGUAUUGA